UUUAUUCAAAAACUGUAUUGUUACGGAAUGCAAUUAAUUCCAAUGAAAAGAACUGAUAGUACAUUGUGUUACGAUUUUGGCCACAAAACGAGUUAAACUCGGAAGCGAAGGUGCAACUGUACACUGUACUUGGCAGUGCAGUCAUACUCCUGUUUAUUGUUGAGGUGCCUGCUUACCAGUAGGGGUGAUCAUCACUUUUGGCAUGUAGUAACACAACCGGCUCCCACCCCCCACCUCUUUGCCGAACUUCAAGCAGAAGUGCGGGGCUACGAGGUGCACUGCACGACGAUACGGAACCAAACCACUGGAAGUGAAGGUGGAAGGAGGACCACCGCCAAGGCAAUGAACGUCUGACGGCGCCAUGAACCCCGAGGAGCAGACCGUAACGUGGUUGAUAUCACUGGGAGUGCUCGGCUCCCCCAAGAAAAAGAUCGCCGACCCGGAGGAAUUCUUGAAAACCUCGCUGAAGGAUGGCCUCGUCCUGUGCAAGCUGGUGGAGAGGCUUGUGCCCGGCUUCACCGCCAAGUACUGCCCGGAGCCCCGAACCGAAGCCGACUGCAUAGGCAACAUUCGAGAGUUUCUGAGAGGAUGCUCGUCCUUGAAAGUCAAAGUUGAGGGGUUUGAGCCCGAGUGUCUGUACAGCGGGGAAAAUUUUGGCAAGGUCCUGACCACGUUGCUGGCCGUCAACUUUGCUACACAAGAUAGUGUUGCAGAGAGGUCAUGUCCGCAGUCCGGCGCCCAAUCACUUAGUCAGACUGCGUCCUCACACACGACCUCCUGUGCCAAGUCCAAGGGCUCUCUGUGGAGACAGUCCAAAUCUGCGGAGAUGUCAGAAAAUGGCAGCAGCAGCAGCGGGCAGCUGAUGGUGAAGGCCCGCUUCAACUUCAAGCAGAACAACGAGGAUGAGCUGUCGUUUGUCAAAGGUGACGUCAUCGUCGUGAUGCGGCAGGAAGAAGGCGGCUGGUGGGAGGGCAACCUCAACGGCAAGACGGGCUGGUUCCCCAGCAACUACGUGCGCGAGGUCAAGGCCUGUGAGAAACCAGUGUCUCCUAAAGGUGCUCAGCUGACCAAAAGCUACUAUAGUGUGGUGGUGCAGGACAUCUUGGAACACGAGCGAGAGUUCGUCAAAGAGCUGCAAACGCUGCUGAGUGGUUACCUGCGACCGUUAAAAGCCAGCGAUAAGUUGAGCAGUGCAGACAGUGCCACCUUGUGUGGAAACCUGGAAGAGAUUCUCACCUUCCAGCAGGGCCUGUGUGUCUCUUUGGAGGAAUGUACAAAAGUCCCAGAGGGCCAACAGCGGCUGGCCGGAUGCUUCUUGAAUGUGAUGUGUCAGAUCAAGUCUCUGUACCUGGCCUACUGCUCCAGCCACCCGUCAGCUGUCUGCAUCCUCACUGAUCAUAGCGAGGACCUUGACAAGUUCAUGGAAAGUCAAGGAGCCAGCGCUCCGGGCAUCCUGACGCUGACCACCAGCCUCAGCAAGCCAUUCAUGAGGCUGGACAAAUACCCUACCCUGCUGCAGGAGCUGGAGAGACACGUGGAGGAAGCCCACCCAGACUUCUCUGACAUCGUAAAGGCCACAGCAGCAUUCAGGACCUUAGUGACGCAGUGCCAGGACCUGCGAAAGCGUAAGAACCUGGAACUGCAGAUCCUGUCGGAACAGGUGCGCGGCUGGGAUGGAGACAGCAUGAAGAGUCUGGGUCACGUGCUCUAUAUGUCCCAGGUUCACAUGAGAACUGGCUCCAGUGAGGACAAAGAUGAGCGCUACUUGAUGCUUUUCCCCAAUGUGCUAGUGAUGCUCUCCACCAGUCCGAGGAUGAGUGGCUUCAUUUAUCAGGGACGACUGCCACUAACAGGCACCACUGUAACAAGACUCGUGGAGGAUGCGGAUAAUGCACACUAUGCUUUUGAGAUCACAGGAAGCAUGAUGGAGCGUGUGACAGUGUUUUGCAGCAGUGCCCAGGAGCUGCAGGAAUGGCUCGAGCACCUGCAGCCAUUUAGUAAAGGAGGCAGCCCAGCAGGCACCAUCUUGAAGACUGUGGAGGGAAAGCCUCUUAGCAUGGUGGGCACGCCUACCCACUUGUCUCACCUUGGCAGCUUCAGCGCCCUCAGCCGCGGGCCCCUCGAACCACCAAAGAUGAGCAAGCCCUGGUCACUCAGCUGCCUGCGCCCAGCGCCUCCCCUCAAACCGUCGGCCGCACUGGGUUACAAAGAGAGGAUGUCUUAUAUCAUGAAGGACUCCAGCAAGAGCCCGCGGCCCAUGAAGAAGUUCCUGCCUGGAAAUAGGAAGAAGGAAAGGAAGCCUUCAGAUGACGACGUUCACACGAGGAGAAGCACAGUGGCUCUGGAGGAGGACGCUCAGAUCCUGCGGGUGAUCGAGGCCUACUGCACAGGAGCAAGCUCGCACUCCACCAGCACACGUUUGUAUUCAUCUCCUAUCACGACACUGUUUUUUUGUGACAUUCUGCUGGCUCACACGAGCAUGAAUCAAACUGUGUUUGUGGACGCGUGUGUAGCUGUGCGUAAAGAGUGUGGGCCUCAGGUGCUCCUUCCUGAGGAAGAGAAAAUCAUUGUGGAGGAGAUGAAGAGCAACGGGCAGACAGUCAUUGAGGAGAAGAGUCUGGUUGACGCGGUGUAUGCUUUAAAGGAUGAGGUCCAUGAACUGAAAAAGGAAAACAAAUGGAUGAAGCAGUUUCUGGAGGAGGAGCAAAAGUCUCGCAAAGAGCUGGAGAGAGUGGUGAGGAAGCUUGCAAAGCAGAAGAAUGACUGCACGUGGGACGACGGAGGAGGCGGCGGUGGCGGCGGCCACUGAACGCACAACAAGAUGUGUGAGUGUGUAUGUGUGUGUGCGUGUGUUUGUCUUUCUUUGUAUGAAUGUGUGUCAAGGUGCAGUAUGUCUUCGAAGAGGUGUACGUAAAGCAACAAAAGUUGCGGCACAGUCUAAAUGUAUAUAGCUCUUACUCUGACAGUGUUUCCCAAUCUUUAUUGAGCCAAGGCACAUAUUUUACAGGAGAAAAAAAAUGUCAAGGCACACCACCAAACAAGAAUGUCACAAAAAGCCUUUACAGAAUACUGAAAUAAUGAUGAUCUUGACUCAAUUUACUCACAUAUGUACUUAGUAUGUAAUGUGGGCUUUUUUAGUAGCUGUUACAGUGAAACCCCUGCUAUUCGGGGACCAAGCUCACGCAAAUAACAUACAAACCCCAAUUCCAAUGAAGUUAGGACGUUGUGUAAAAUGGAAAUAAAAACAAAAUACAAUGAUUUGCAAGUCAUUUUUUUUAUCCUUUAUUCAAUUGAAUACACUACAGACUAUAUUUAAUGUUCAAACUGAUAAACUAUUGUUUUUGUUUUGCAAAGUUUCACUCAUUUGGAAUUUGAUGCCUGCAACACGCUCCAAAAAAGCUGGGACACCUUUCCUUUUAACAAACCUCAAUAAGCGUUGGGGAACUGAGGACACUAAGUGUUGAAGCUUUGUAGGUGGAAUCCUUUCCCAUUCUUGCUUAUGUACAGCUUCAGUUGCUUAACAGUGCGGAGUCUCCAUUUUCAGAUUUUGCGCUUCAUAAUGCGCCACACAUUUUCAAUGGGAGACAGGUCUGGACUGUUGGCAGGCCAGUCUUGUACUCAGUCUUUUACUAUGAAGCCACAUUGUUGUAACGUGCAAAAUGUGGCUUGGCAUUGUCUUGCUGAAAUAAGCAGGUACGUUUCUCAAAAAGACGUUGCUUGGAUGGCAGCAUAUGUUGCUCCAAAACCUGUAUGUACCUUGAACAACUGAGCCUUUUGGGGAUGCUCCUUUUAUACCCAAUAAUAACACUCACCUGUUUCCAAGUAACCUGUUCACCUGUGGAAUGUUCCAAACUAGUGUUUUUUUUUAAGCAUUCAUCAACUUUCCCAGUCUUUAGUUAGAACGUGUUGCAGGCAUCAAAUUCAAAAUGAAUGAAUAUCAUCUUAUUGUAUCUUAGUGUCGUGUAUUCAAUUGAAUAUAGGUUGAAAAGGAUUUGAAAAUCAUUGUAUUCUGUUUUUAUUUACAUUUUACACAAUGUCCAUUGGAAUUGGGAUUUGGAAUUGAUGUAUCCAAACUUUUGACUGGUAGUUUGUCUAAAUUGAAACCCAUAAAUCACUUCUCAACAUACAGUGCCAUGAAAAGUUAUAGGCCCUCUUCUCAAAUUCUUACAUUUUUGCAAUUUGCCCUCUUUAAUGUUUAAGAUAAUCAAACAAAUGUAAAUAUCAAAGUAUACAGUAACCCAAGUGAACUUAAAAUGCUGUUUUGAUGUUUUCAUUUAUUAAACAAAAAAGCUGGCCCUGUGUGAAAAUUAGCCCCUUUGUUAUAUCAUGAAUUAAUUGUGGCUAAUCACAAUUUUUGGUUAAUUUUCAGUGAUCACACCCAAGCCUGAUUAUCUCCAGACCUGAUCGAUCAAGAAAUCACUUAAACAGAGUCUGUCCUGAUCAAAUAAAGUCGGACAAAGGAUCUAAAAAACCUGCAAAAAAUGACACGAUUUUCCAAAGAAAAUCUAGAACAGUCGCCAAAUAAAGUAAUUGAUAUCUAUCAGUCUGGAAAGGGUUACAAAAACCAUUUGUAAAGCUGUAGGAUUCCAGCGUACCAUAGGGAGAGCCAUUAUCCUCACAUGGAGAAAACAUGGAACAGUGGUGAACUUUCCAAAGGUUACCCCAAGAGAACAGCAAUGACUCAUCCAGGAAGAGCGCACAAAGGAACUCAGGACAACUUCUAAAGAACUGCAGGGCCUCCCUUGCCUCAGAUAAGGUCGGUGUCCAUGACACAACAAUAAGGAAGAGACUGGGCAAAAAUGGCAUUCAUGGCAAAGGCGAAAACCACUACUUCCCAAAAAGAACAUAAAGGCUUAACUUACUUUUGCAAAAAAAAAAAACUGAAGACUUUUGGGAAAAUAUUUUAUGGGUUGACGAGAUGAAAGUUAAGCUUUUGUAAAGGUGUGUAUCUCCUUUCAUCUGGCAUAAAUUAACACAGCAUUUCAGGAAAAAACAUACCAAGAGUCAAACAUGGUGUUGGUAGUAUGAUGGUCUUGGACUGCUUUGCUCCUUCAGGACUUGGACAACUUGCUGUGAUUGAUGGAACAAUAAAGUCUGCUCUUUAACAGAAAAUCCUGAAGGAGAAUGUUCAGCCAUCAGUUUGUGACCUCAAGCUGAAGCGCACUUGGGUUCUGCAGCAGGAUAACAAUCCGAAAAACAUAAGCAAGUCAACUUAUGAAUGGCUGAAAAAAAACAAAAUGAAGGUUUUGGGAGUUGCUUAGUCAAAGUCCAGACUUGAAUCGUAUUGGAAUGCAGUGGCAUGACCUUAAAAAUGCCGUUCAUGCUCGAAAACCCUCCAUUUCUGCUGAAUUCAAACAAUUCUGCAAGGAAGGUUGGGCCAAAAUAUCUCCAGAGAUGUGAACGACUCAUUGGCAGUUAUAGAAAACACUUCAUUUCAGUUGUUGCUGCUGAGGAUGGCCCAACCAGUUAUUAGGUUUAGGGGGCCAUUACUUUUUCCACACAGGGCCAGGUAACAUUGAGUAGUUGUGUUUCUUUAAUAAAUGAAAUAAUUUAAAAACAGCAUUUUAAUUUCACUUGGGUUAUAGUUGUCUGAUAUUUACAUUUGUUUAAUCAUCUUAAACAUUAAAGUGGGGAAACUAUCCCAAAAUUUGAGAAGGGGCCCAAUACUUUUUCACUGUACUGUAGUUCCUUGAUGUCAAGAUGGUGGCAAAGCACCAUUUUUGUCUCAAUAAAACUCCUCAACUCAUUUUAACAUAGUUCUUUUUUUUUUUUUUUACACCGAGAUUCCUCAAGAUAACAGCAAAGCACUUUCUUGACAAAAUGAAACUCCUCAACUCAAACAUAGUUUCCCGACCCAAGAUGGUUGCAGAGCACACUACCUUUGUCUAAAUGAAGCGCCUCAAGUCACUUCAACAUAGUUCCUUGACUCCAAGAAAGCACCAAGGUGUAGUUGAAUUUGCGACUGUCGAACUGCGGGGGUUCACUGUGUUCGGUUGUAUGAAUGGCAACAGGUAGAUACACAGGCUACUUGUAGCUUUUGCCAUUUAAUGGAAGAACAUUUAAUUGUUCUGCCUGUCACUAUUUGUCGUUAGCAUAGAGGAAUGACCAAAGACACAUUAUUUGUGUUAAUAAACAAUAUUUUUGAACCCGUUAGUUGAAAUUGGAUAAUUUCUCAUGGCAUUAUCUCUGAUGGUGCAGUGGUUGGGAAUCACUGUAACCGCUAUAUUUAACGUUAGCAUAGCUAUCCAUUGAAAAGCAUCUCCAUAUAAAAAAAUGUUCUUGUAUUUUUUUUUUGUUUAAGAUGCAUUGCUCUUCAUUGGUUGGACACAACCACACCACACACACGCGUUUUCACACCCGUCGCCUGUCUCGCCGAACGCCACUGUGAACUGUUUUCAACCAGGAAGUGUAAUACAAACAAAAGCUCAUGGCCACCUUUUUUUUUUUUUUUUUUUUCUUAUAAAAGCUUAAGUUUGAAGAGGAAUCUAUCUGGUCCACUGUUGUUGUGCGCUUCUGUUACCAUGGCAACGAUUUCUGCCCUUUGCCAUCAUUUGUUUGUUGUGCUGUCAGGACAUCGAUAUAUUAAGCUAUGGACUGUACAUUUAAUGUUUUUAUUCAUAUCAGAGUUUCCCCUUAACAGUGUUAAACGUGUAUCAUUUAUUAAAUAGCUGCAUGAAUGAAUAUUAAUGCAGGUUUUUAUUAAAAGAGCCACAUCUCACGUUGCGAUUAUACUCAAAUAAUAAUAUUAAGAUAAUCACAUUUAUAGCCCGAUGGUGAACAAACAGAUAAGUACGAAAAUAAUACUUCCUAUUACUAAAAUAUAUAUUUUUAUUUACCUUUUAAAUGCUUUUUGGAUUUUUUUAUGCUCUAUUUAUUUAUUUGUGGUGUCUCACCCUGAAAUAGUCUCAAAUAAGCAAAAAUUAAAGAUAAUGGCUUAAAAAUGUUUUAUACUCAAAUUGUAUGUUUUCCUCAUUGAUAGGUGAGAGAUUUAUUCGCCUAAAAGUGCCUCCAGAUGAGGUAUAUUGUUUUGGGAGGGGGGACUACAAGUGCGUUUUGUUUAUUUUUUCCAAAUGUUAUCAUAAUUUGACAAAAAUAGCGCAAGAAAGAAAUAAUGGACCUCAGCACCUGCUAGAUUGUGUGUGUGUGUGGGUGGGUGUGUGAGAGAAUUGCAACAAAAAAUGUGUACAGUUCCGUUGAGCAGGUCCCAAUUUUCAUCUUAUAAUAGUAAUUGUAUAAUCGGUACUAGGCAGCGUGUGUUGCUCAAGAGCACUGCAGCAAUGUAAAUGCAACAGAAGAGCACUCUACUUCCUGUAUACUUUGUUUUGUGUUUUUUUAUUUUAUAGCCUAAAAUGUCUGCAGCCUCACUGAGCACUUCACUGCAGCGGGAAUUUUCAUCUCACGUCAAGCCUGCUUUUAAAGGUUCUAUGCAAUUCUUAUUGUAUUGUUGCAUUUUGUUCGAAGCACUCUGUACUUUAUGUUGUCAUUCUUUUAUUAAAGGUUUCCUAUUCUAA